AUGGCAACCAACGUCACGCCACACCCUAAAAUUCCAGUGCUUUACUGGGAUGCAAACAACGUCUAUGUCGAAUGCCCAUACUGCGAGGAGAAACAUCGACAUGGCUUCUCGCUUUCAGGCAAGCGUAUGUCGCAUUGUUAUCCGGGCGGCGGGUACGAGUUCGUAUAUCCAGUUGACCUGGAGCAGGAACUGGUUGGCUACGAGAUCGACAAGACAAGGGCUUAUUUUGUCAACGUUGGCUUAACGAGCGAUCGAACGGGUCACAGAUUGGAUCCUCUGAACGAGACCGAUGAUGAACUGGCCGAUGUAUUUGGUUCUACACUAAACCUGACGCCCACCAAUGCCGAGCCGGAGUCGAGUCUGGAAGAGGAGUCGAGCGAGAUGACUGUUAUCGAUCUCCUCAAUGGCGAUAAGUUUGAACUGAAAGUAAUUACGCUCGCUAUCUCGGAAUGCUUGUUCGGUAACACGACUUUUAUCAAGCAAUAUAUCAAUAUGUCAAUCGAAGCACAACUCUUUCUACACGGAAGAGACAAGUGUGGAAACACUACUUUGAUUAUGGCGGCAGUCGAGGAAAGUUAUGAAAUGGUAUCACUUCUACUAGAAAACGGGGCAAAUGUGAAUGCUAUCAACCAUUGCGGACGAAAUGCUCUUAUGGAGGCCGCACUUUGGGGCCGGAUUGAAACCGUUAAAAUAUUACUCAACUUCGAUGCCAACAAGUCACUCCGCGAUCAUCAUGGUCGCUGCGCGAAGGAUUUUGCGGAGCCCUGCCGGGAAAAUGAAGAAGAGAGGAAUACACGGAGUCCCCGAGCGGCUGAAAAACAGGUCUACGAACGCAACGGCGAUAGGCGACACAUCGCCAUAUUACUCCGUGACCCAAACGCCGAUAACCAGAACGUUUAUACUAAGCCCCUUUCAAACAGUCAGCUUAACAAUUAUUCUUUCAAGAAGUCCCCAGCCGGUAUGACCAUAACAUUUUCCGGGCCGAUCCAGGAAUACUCUGUGCCACAAAUUACCAAGACCGCUGCUAUUCUUGAUCGAGGGGUUCAAUUUGCCCGUGUGUCAGCAACCAGUGGUUGGGGCAGAGACGCUUUGCCUGUGAACCGUGCAAUGGAGCGGACCUGGGUUGAACAGGUCGAUUAUAUUGCACGCAUUGUUGGUUAUACGUUCCAAGCUGCACCAAGCCCGAAAUUCGACCAAGGCACGCCCGGUCAAUAUUACGCUUCACAUGCAGAGAAGAAAUUGAUCGCCUACUUUCUCGACAAGCACGUAUUUCUCCCAGAGGAUAGAAGCCCGCACCAGGUAUUGGGAGAGUCAAUUGACGCAUUGGACGACUCUGUGUGUGAAGCAAGAGAGCUGUUCGCGACGUGUGCCAAGGUUAGUGAUCUCGAAAGUCAAAAACAAAAGCUAGAACGGGACCUUUUUGGCGCAGACGAUUACCUGCUUGGGGAGGAGUAUGACCAGGAAGAGGUUCAAGACCUAAAGCAAAAGAUCUCGGAAAUCAGUAAGGAAUUGUCAAAUCUCGAAUCUGACAGGGACGUUACUGCUAUAAGAGAGAAGGAGAAAGAGAGGAUGAGAAUGAUGGCGAGAUACAGACAGCAUGAAAGACUGGAGGAGCUAAGUAGACCUACGUCUCAGCCACCUCUCUCGUUGAGACACGCAGUCAUACUGAGCAGUAAUGAUAACUGUCUAGACUGUAAGUCUUUCAAGGAAAGGGUGAACAAAUACUUUGGACUGGAUAUCACGUAUGCAGUUGUUUAG